AGAAGUAGCGGCGUUGUCAAAUAUUAGAUGUUUUUUUUUUAAAUCGAGCAGGGAAAAGUUCCCACUUGAAUCAAGUUGUUCCUAAAAUAAUAAUGUUGUAACGCUGUAUAAGUAGCUCCAUGUUUUAGUGAAAUUUUUCAUUUUUGUUUUUGUAUUUGUGGAUAUGUUGAAUUAAAUUAAAAAUGGAAACAAAAGCAGGGAUCUCCAAUCAAAACACCAUGCUCCUAGAAGAGACUUUUUACGUUUUGACAAAAAAAAAUUGCAUUUUCAAAGUAAAACUAUCGACGGGCGGACUGCAUUUGAUAAAAGAUAGUGAUAAGCAUUUUGAGGAACAAAUCAUACCAAUCAAAGACAUCAUUGGAUGCCAGUGCCUUCGCAGCAAGCGGAAGACGAGAAAAUGUACGUGUCAAUCGUUGCCGCGCUCAAACAGCCUUCAAGUGGUUGAAGAAAAUUCGAUAGAUUUGGACGAUACAGAUAUCAGCGCCUACUUGUACAUUUAUGCGUACAUAUUCCAAGGUACUAAGUCUUCCACCAGAAAAAGGGAACGAACUAUCGUCACCCUCCGUUUCCGAUCGUUUGAUAGGUACGAGGAUAAUUACAAAGAAGCGCAAAGGUGGCGGUGUGUCAUUAAAAACUUGAUAAAGGGAGAAAAUGUGACCCUUUCCAAUAUAAGUGAAUUUUCAUUAAACCACAAAGUAAAGGAAACCCGAAGGUUACUGGUUCUCUGUAAUCCUAAAAGUGGUGCCGGAAAAGGAAAACAAAUUUUCCAACAGAAAGUCGCACCUAUUUUGAACGAAGCUGAAAUACCCUAUGACUUAUAUAUGACUAAGCAUGCUAAUUUUGCCCGAGAGUUUGUGAGGACUGCAAAUUUAUUUCAAUGGACCGGGAUCAUUGUGGUGGGCGGCGACGGCAUUGUCUUCGAAGUGGUCAACGGUCUCUUUGAACGAUGGGACUGGGCGGAAAUAGUGAAAUACUUACCGAUCGGAGUGGUACCGGGCGGAUCCGGAAACGGCCUCGCGCGCAGUAUAGCCCAUCACUCGUGCGAGCCGUACAUGUCCACGCCUACCUUACCAGCUACUUUGGCAGCCGUUAGGGGUCACGUGGUACCCAUGGAUCUGGUCAGGGUCGAGACUACGAAGCAAAUUAUGUUUUCCUUUUUGUCGGUCGGGUGGGGGUUGCUUUCGGAUAUCGACAUCGAAAGCGAAAGAUUGAGAGUGUUGGGCGGUACGAGGUUCACGGUAUGGUCGGUCGCGAGGCUGAUCGGCCUGAGAAGUUACGGCGGCAAGCUGUGGUACAUCCCGGCCGAAUACUCGUUGCCCGAGUCGAAAGAAAUAUUCACACCCACGGCCAGUAUGGGAAGCAAUCUGAACUUACCAGCGGAAGUGCAACUGGAGUCCCAGGGAGCGCGCCAGAGAGUCGAUUCAUGGUACAGCGCUCGGUCGAAACGUAGCGCGUACUUCUCAGCGGGCGGCAGCUCAUACCAGUCCACGGCAGACAGCGGCGUCGACCACGGCGACGUCGGGACUUCGUCCGAAAGCCCGGGCCGACUGUACGGCCCGCCGUCGCAAUUACCGUGUCUGACCACGCCCCUCGGAGACGUGUGGAAGUGCAUAUCCGGACGAUUUGUCAUGGUUCACGCUUCGUACCAGAGCCACCUGGGCGAGGAGUGCUUCUUCGCUCCCGAGGCCAGGUUGAACGACGGUCGCAUAUGGAUGUUGGUGGUGAAGGCGGGCGCGAGCCGUACGCAACUGCUGCAGUUCAUGCUUGGGCUAAGUACCGGGGCACACGCGACACCAGAAAAAGGCGACAUUGGAAAUUUUAUAGAGUUGAUACCGGUCAGCGCGUUCAGGAUAGAGCCCGACAUGACGGAGCGAGGGUAUAUGACGGUGGACGGCGAGCAUGUCGACUACGGCCCCAUACAAGCGGAGAUUUUCGCGGAACUGGGCAGGGUGAUGGUUCCUUGAUCGGAGCCCCGCGACGGCCGUAGUUUAAGCUCGAAACGCAAGUCAAAACUUGGAAUUCUGUCAACUCUGGAACCGUUACUAAUCAGACUCGACAGUAUUUGAAUUAUUUUAAGGUGGCCAUUGUUGAUUAGUCCUUAAGCUAAGCAAAAAAAAAAUCGUUUAAGCCUAAAGGUUUCGAGCGGACAGUUUACCCGUUUCGGUUUAACAAUUAUGGGGUCAAACGUGAUUGAUAAUUGACUAAAAUAUGAUGGCGAAGGGGAUUUUUGAUUUUUUUAGGAAAUCGUUUGCGGCUGUGAACCGGAACUGCCUAACUCCAUUUUUACACACAAAAUGGUUAGGUCAGGCAACGUUCGGAAACCUGUUGAGAUGUUUUUUUAAUUCGUUUUUAAGAAUAUAUACCUCAUAAUAUACAUUCCAAGUCAUUAUGGAAGAGCUCUCUUUCAUGCAGAUGCGUAUAUGCUAGAAGGAAGGGAGGAUAUCGUUAGAGUUGAAUAAAAAUAUGUGUAUAUCAAGUGAUUCAGUGAAUGAAUUGAAAGUUCUGGAGAAGUAAAAAAGGGAACUUUCGAAUUUGGCCGUAAUAGGUAAUAUUUUAUGAUAUGGCAACGUUGGAAUUCUAAACACCUAUUGUAUUACAGGUUCUAUACAAAAUAUAUAUAUAAAAAAAUAUUUUUUUUCUAAUAUAAUGAUCCUUCAUUGAUCCCGUUACAUAGGCCAAUGUCCUUUUGAAGUUUAAAAUUUUUAUAACAUGUGCACAGGAAAGUAGGAACACAAUUUGUUCAAUAUAAGCUAAAAUUAUAGUUUUUCAGCCAGAAUUUAACUUUCGAUUUGACCGAACAAUAACUUUUGAAUCUUAAAUAGCAUGUAACAUUUUUCUAAUAUUUUUUUAUUUGUGAAAGUCCUUAUCUAACUGCAACUAACCUAUAAAAUACUAUUCUAUGACCGCAGCCUCCUGCAUACAAACUAUUAGAGAAAUUUCCCUUUCUUAAUUCUCUAGUGAAUAACUUUGUAUUUCAAGUAGUUGGUACUUAGUAUGUUUUAGUUACAACAAAUUCUAGGCAGUUUAAAAGUACGGCAUCUGUUCAAUUAAGGUUAUAACGUUUGUUAUUAUCAUGGUGUUAUUAGAAAAGAUAAGUAGAUACUUGCUUGAUUUUUAUAUCUCACUCUCUUGGAACAUGGAAAGUUGAAAAAUAAAGCCCAAAACAUUCUUUCGUGUCUUU